AAAUUAAAACUUAAGAAUCGAUCUCAGCACAUAAGUAUCAAUCAAUACCCAAUACCAAUGUUAGUAUCGAUACUAAACUAUCGCUAUUUUAAAUCGAUCCACCCACCCCUAUUCUACUGGACUGGGAUCACUCAGAUAUCCUGUAGGAGCGGCUCGUGUCGUGUCGGAGUUUGUACGCGUUGGCGAUGCGCGCGCACCGUGUUUGCCAGUCGGUCGGCGGGUGGUUGGGGAAGAGCUGGGCUCGCGCCGCCUCUCUCUGAACAGCUCGCGGAUUUUCUGGGUUGUGUUUGUUUUGCUCGCGUGGAAAUAUAGUUUAACAGCCGUCUCGCCACGAGCGCGGAGGAGCACCGCGCGGAGGAGGAGGAGGAACCGUACCGGAGGAUCCGCGGAGCGAGCCGGAGUCAAACUAACAACUCCCGCCUCCUGAGCGCCGGAGCACACGGGGCGCACACGCCGAGCUGAGAGCGAGCCGAGCCCGCAGCACCCCUGCGGAGACACCGCUCUGCUGCUGCGUCUGGUUGCGGAGCGCGUCGCGUCACGUUUUAUAUUAGAGUGAUGACUGAGAUGGAGGAUCUCUCAGCAGAAGCUCAGUGGACCCCCAGUAAUGAGAAGUCCUGUCAGACUGAGGAUCUCUGCUAUGAGGCCACUGUUCCUGGACCAGACCAGUCCAGCAAGACUCCAGUUUGUUCUAUUGAGCCUGGAGAUCCUCCACUGCUGCAGAAACCACUGGAGACUUCCAAAUCUGGAAUCCAGCAGAUUAUUGAGUGUUUUCGUACAGGAACUACACAGCUGAAGCACAUCCUGCUGAAAGAGGUGGAGACCAUAUUUGAGUGUAAACUCUGUCGGAGUUUAUUCCGGGGACUUCCAAACCUAAUCACACACAAAGAGUUCUACUGCUUAACCAGAAUAUCAGAACAACAAGAACCCACGGGAACUUGUAAGCAGAGCCUUGCUAUUAAAGAGCUUCUGAAGUCCAUCUACCCUCAGCCAGAGGGACAGGACUACACCAUGAGACUGGAGCCAAUAGAGGGAAACCAUAACGCUGUGUUCCAACAUCUGAUUAAAGAAGAUCAUGAUCAUAAUAAUGAUGAAGAUAAUGAUGAUGAUGAUGAUGUAGAGUCUCCAUUGAAUGGAGAUGACUUUAACCACAACAGGGACAGGUGGAAACAUCCUCGAAUAGAAACUGAAGACGAGCUUUCAGAAGAUUCAGAGCAUCGUGCUAAAGAGGAGAGUGAUGGAGCGGAGGACACGGGAAUUCAGGAAGACGACGAGGAACGUGUACAUGAGGAACAGGACAUGAUCAGGACGGUAGAGGACAGAGUAACACUGGAGGAGAAUCAGAAUCCUGAGGAGGACGAGGAGGAGGAAGGCAGUGUGGAGGUUUUGGACGAGAAGACCCUCAACAACGGCACAAAUGAUGUUACAAUUUCUUGCUGCCUCUGCGGCAAGGACUUCAGCUCACGCCGCAGCAUCCGCCGCCACUGCCACAAGAUGCACAAGCGACGCCUGGAGGAGCUGCGGAAGUUCACGGAGACGCGAACCGUACCUAUCAGUCUGCUCUCGGUGGUGAAAGACCGGCAGAAAGUCCUUCCACAGUCGUCGCCCACUGGCGGCAAGUCCUGCCCGGUCUGCUUCAAAACCUUCGCCACAAAAGCCAAUGUUUGUCGCCACUUCGAUGAGGUACACCGUGGUCUGCGCCGUGACCUCAUUACACCAGAGAUCGCCACUAAACCAGGCCAGUUAGAGGCGGCCACGCCUCCUCCACAAGCUCCCGCCUCUCCCAGCCCAAAGACUCUUCCAACCUCAACCCUUCCUCAGUGUUCUAAGUAUUAUAAUCUAUCGACCUGCAAGUGCCUCCUCUGCAAACGGUCUUACAGCACGCAAGCCCGACUCAAAAGACACAUGCGGUUUGUUCACAAGAUCCUCACUUCCAAAAGCUCUUUAACAGACCUCCCACAGUCCAGUCCUGUGAAGACUGAACCUGUCGAGUGUCCCAGUCCCAGUCCUAGUCCUUGUCCCAGUCCUUUACCUUCCAAUGACCUUCAACAGGCCAGUCACGAGCGUCUCAAGAGAUCCAGACGAGAACAAGAAGACGAAGAGGAUGGACCACUUUCACGCAAACCAAGGCUCUCCGUUGGCUUCGACUUCAGGCAGCUCUUCUGUAAACUCUGCAAACGGCAGUUCAGCUCCCGCCAGAACCUCACCAAACACAUCGAGCUGCACACCGACAACGGAAGCGACAUCUUCAUCAAGUUCUAUCGCUGCCCGCUGUGUUCCUACGAGUCCCGGCGCAAGAGAGACGUGCUGCGACACAUUACUGUAGUGCACAAGAAGAACUCUGUCUACCUGUCUAAGAUCCUUCCUGGACUGGAGAACCGGGCUGUUAAAAAGCCUGCUGAAGCUGUGCUCAGAGGCACAGAGAAACACAGCCACGGGAAAGAGGUCAACGGUUCCAAAGCCGUUAACGGUUCCAAGGCCGUUUUUGGUUCAAGGGUCAGUUCCGUUCCGUCAUCGUCCCCAACAAAAGCUGAGAGCUCCACACCCUCGCCGCCGCCAUCACCCCUCGAGAUCAAACCAGACCUCUCCCAUUUCUCACCUCCUCUCACUCGCAGACAAAGCUUCCUACCCCGCAACCACAUCUCAAACGCUUCCACCAGUAACGGAGAGCUACAGGACGACACGGACGAAGUCCGCGUCACCAAGACGUUUUCCCUACACGCCUGUGACAUGUGCGGACGGGCUUUCGCUAAGAAGGUCUAUCUGGAGUCGCACAAGAGAAGCCAUCGCAACGCAGUCUCCAGCGACAGCAGGACUACCAGAGUAAAUACUCGAUCCAAGUCCCUUAUUGGGUCCCCUUAAAUUAGAUUGGAUUUGUAGCCUGAAGGAUGGACAAAAAGAGCUGCUACUAAAAGUAAAGUGAAGAACUGGAGAACAGAAACGCACUGCAGAGUAAAACAGGGACUGGAGUAUCUGAAGAACUGGAGAACAUUACUCUGCAUUACUCCACAAUGAUGGAUGAUAUCCAGUCUUUUAUGCUCUGUUGUUAUUUUUGAUUCAACCAUAUUUUGGAGGGUUUAACCUCUAACCAGCCAAUCAGCAGGAAGGAGAAACACAGAUCACAGGUCAGGGUUUCAGUAAAUGCAGUAUUACAUUUCUAUUUCUCCAGAAUCUCAGAAUCCAGUUUUAGUGGAUCAUUCCCGGACUGUGUGAGGAAGAAGAGUCCUGUUAUUUAGGUGAUGAACCACAUUGGACUCCAUUGUUCAAGACAGUUGAAAACAAUUGAAUCCUCCAAGUAUUCAAGUACCUUUUUCUUUUUUAUUAUUAGGGAACAAUAUAAAUUGAACUUUUCUUAAAGGAGAACUCCACUGUGAGAAAUGCACUUGGGUUGUAGUGAAACAUGAAAACGAGUACAAACUUCUUAUUUUCUGUCAUUGUCAACAAUCAACACAUUGCAAUACGUUGCAAUGCUUGGUUCUUUACUAAUAAGUAGAUACACAGCGCUGUCUCUGUGUCUGUGUGAGUGACAGGCUGCUGCUGCCUGAGAAGCGGGAGGGGGCGGGGGAGUACAUUGUACUACAAUCUUCUUAGCUGCAGUCAAGCCUGCUAAUCAGAUUUUACAUGUUUUAUCCAUAAGGGAAGGAUGGAAAUCAUCAUUCAGUAGAUGCACCACAGGGUCCAUUAUGAGUAUAAACUUUUUCCUCAGUAUUCCUAAAUACAGCACUUUUAGCUUUUAGCUGAUGAUCCUAACAAGCUUUUAAUGGUAGUGAUAGGGACACAACAUUUCAUUAUACACACAGCUCUGAAAAAAAAUAAGAGAGCAGUUAAAAAUGAUGAGUUUAUUUGAUUUUAUCAAAUGUAAAACCUCUGGAAUAUAAUCAAGAGGAAGAUGGAUGAUCACAAACCAUCAAACCACCAAACUGAACUGCUUGAAUUUUUGCACCAGGAGUAAAGCAGCAUAAAGUUAUCCAAAAGCAGUGUGUAAGACUGGUGGAGGAGAACAUGAUGCCAGGAUGCAUGAAAAAAAAACUGUGAUUAAAAAACAGGAUUAUUCCACCAAAUAUCCACCACAAUUUUUGUUAUUUCAGUCAUUUCUCAUUUUCUGUAAAUAAAUGCUCUAAAUGAGAAUAUUUUUAUUUGUAAUUUGGGAGAAAUGUUGUCUGUAGUUUAUAGAAUAAAACAACAAUGUUCAUUUUACUCAAAUAUAAACCUAUAAAUAGCAAAAUCAGAGAAACUGAUUCAGAAACUGAAGUGAUCUCUUCAUUGUUUUCAGAGCUGUUUAUAUCAGCGCUUUAGAAUUAUACCAAUGACAUAUGGAGCUACUUGAGUUUGUUAAUGGUGUAAAAAUAGACAUUUGUUUGCAUGGGUAAAUCUAUGCCCUUAUCACUAGCAUUAUAAGACUGUUGGGAGCAUCGGCUAAAAGUGCUGUAUUUGGGAAAACUGAGGAAGAACAGACAUGGGCUAUUCAACAAAAGUUAAUUCUUGUUAACAUGAUUCACUACAACCCAAGUCCACUUCAGACUGGAGUUCUCCUUUAACAGAAGUACAGUAUCUGAAAGAACAAUUGUUUUUUUAGUUUCACCCCUAAAAAGUUAAAAUCUUGAUGCUUUUUUUUUAUCUCCAGGUUGUAAAAGUUGUAUUUUUGAAUACUAUUCUGCAUAUCCGACUUAAAAAAAUUAUCUAUUUUUAAAGCAUGUAAAAAUGAUUCCUCAUAUUCCACACUGUAUAUAUUUUUUCACAUUUUGUUUUUGUAGAAAUCUUCUUGUCUAUAGAGCUCUGCUUAAAUAUAUGUUAAAGUUUCUCGAGUUUUAAGAGUCUGCUGUUUCUUUACACGUUUACUCGUCAUGUUAAUUUGAUAAUCUCAUCAGCUGUGAAAUCUGAUAAACGAAUGUAGGAUUGUUCUUCACUUACAGGCGAAAUGAAUGUAUUUCUUUAUACACUUUGCUUUUCCCAAUAAUAAAAAAGAGACUGGAA